AACCUCGCAAGUGACAUUUAUUUCAUUCUCAAUUCAAAAGAAGUUAUAAUUAACGAAAAACUCUGAUCUAGACAAACAGAGAACAGAAUUGAAAGAUCCAAUUAACGUAUGAAUUCAAACAUGCAGAAACUGUUUGAUUCAAAGAAGAGCACCUUUGAAGAACAUGUAAAACGUUCAACACUAUCAAUUAAAGAUGGUUCUCGCAUUAUUCGGGUUCCUCUACCACCAGGAACCAAGAAGGAAGAGCUAGCUGUAGGAAUAACCGUUACUGGGUUGAUUAAGAUACGAUGGAAGCCAAAAGGGGUAUUGGAAACCAUACAAAUGAUUGUACCCAUUCCUAAAUCACAAGAUCAUGACCCAGACGAAACUAAAGCAAGUUUUGAUCCGGUGGGCGUCGCUCUCAAUGUCAUUCAGCCACCACUCAAGCAUAAAAUACCACCAGCUACUAUUGUACAAGAUCCAGUGCAGCAAAACACGGACGCAAAUAAUAACGAGGCGCCAAAACCCACACAGCCACCGCUGAAGCAUAGUAUACCACCAGCUACCAUUGUACAAGAUCCAGUGCACCAAAACCCCGACACAAGUAAUCGCGAUGCGCAAAAAACCACACAGCCACCAGUGAAGAAUAAUAUACGACCAGCUACCAUUGUACAAGAUCCAGUGUACCAAAAUCAUGAUGUGCCAAAAACCACACAGCCACCGGUGAAGCAUAAUAUGCCACCGACUGCCAUUGCACAAGAUCUAGUGCAACAAAACCCCAAAACAAGUAAUCAUGAGGCGCCAAAAACCACACAACCACCAGUGAAGCAUAAUAUACCACAAACAACCAUUGCACAAGAUCUAGUGCAGCAAAACCCCGACACAAGUAAUCGUGAGGCGCCAAAAACCACACAGAGCACUGAUACAAGUGAUCAAAAUGAUGAAAUUGCUACAAGAAGAGUUGAGGAGGAACGUGAUGGCGGCGGCGGCCGCCUUGAAGAUGGAAGGACGAAAAGCAAAAGUAUGGGUUAUAAACAAGAUGGAGAAAGCAAUACCAGAAUGGCGGCGGCGGCAACCAUGACAGAAGUAGCCGCCGCCGGUCAUAGUGCUGCAGCUGCGGCAGCAGCCUAUUUGGAGGGUGCAAAAAAGCUGAUAUGGACUCAUCGACGGGAAAUGUUGAAUGUGGCUGUGGGUUUGGCGAUACUAGGCAUUAGCAUUUAUGUUAUUACCGGCCGCCGCCAUGAUUAGAUCCAUCCAACAUUUGAGAAAUUAAACCUGUUUAAUUUAAUGUAUCUCGGAAGAAGAUUAACAAUAGGGUUCAAUUGAUACAUAAAUUGUAAAAAAAUAAAUUUACCGUCUGCGGGCAUAUGUGUAAAUAUAGUGCCUGUAUACACGCAUGUGAUUGAUUUUAUAGGUACACACGUAAGUCUAUAAUGAAAUAAAGAAAAUAUGAAUUGCAACUUGUUUAUAUGUUUAUGAACGUAUGAUACAUAUCCCCUCAAAAG